AUGGAAAACAACAUGACAGUUUCUGGUGGUAUAAUAGAGAUCCAAGGCUUUGACAUAUCUCCAGAGUUCAUGUACCCGCUGUUUUUCUUACUGCUGUUUGUUUACUUUUGCCUGCUUUUCUCUAACUUUGGAGUACUCCUCCUUAUCAUCACCGAGAAGAGUCUGCACCAGCCCAUGUACAUUCUUUUUUGCAACCUGUCCGUCAACGAUGUGAUCGGUAACACCGUGCUUCUGCCUCAGCUGAUGGCUCACAUCGUUUCAACCGAGCGGUUCAUCACCUACAGCCAGUGUGUGGUUCAGGCCUUUUACAGCCACACGUUUGGAUCGGCUUCGCACAUGAUUCUCAUCAUAAUGGCAAUUGACAGAUAUGUGGCGAUAUGUCACCCCUUAAAGUACAGCUCAGUAAUGACCACUAAAACUGUGAUCGGGCUGUCAGCAGGUGCGUGGGGGCUGUCGGUGCUGCUCGUGUCUGUUCUCAUAGGGCUCACAGUGAGGUUGUCUCGGUGCAGAUCAGUCAUACUAAAUGCUUACUGUGACAACGCGUCUCUGUUCAAGCUUUCCUGUGAGGAUGUGUCCAUCAACAACAUCUAUGGACUCUUUUUCACUGUGCUGCUGUUCAGUUGCUCUAUGGGAAGCGUAGGCGUCACUUAUUUCCGAAUAGCUCUCAUCUGCUGGAUAAAGAAGAACAGAGAGCUGAAUAACAAAGCUCUACAGACGUGUGCAAGCCAUCUUGUUCUUUACCUCAUCAUGCUCUGGUCGGGGAUUUUCACAAUCAUAUUACAUCGUUUCCCAGAUUACCCGGAUUUAAGGAAGAUUGCAUCCAUUUUGUUUCAUGUAGUCCCUGCUAAUUUAAAUCCAGUCAUUUAUGGAAUGCAAACAAAGUCAUUACACAACAGAAUUAUUCACGUACUGAGAAGAAAAGUGACUCCAACAUAAUAUCUUCUGUCAUCUGUU